AUAUAUAUAUAUAUAUAUAUAUAUAUAUAUAUAUCUAGUGCGAUAUCGCGCGCGAUCAAAAUUAAUAUAGUAUUUAUUUCAAAAAUUAAAAAAAUAUUUUGAGUAAAUCAUACAAAUGCGAUCAUGAUAAUAUUCUAUUAUGAAUUUCUGAAUGUGUACGGUUAUCUCACUGUCUGCCUUUCAUUGGCCUUGUCCUUAGCUUUACUGAAUAAUAUCUGCACACAAACGUGAUAUGAUCUAAUAUAUUCUCAGAACAAUAAUGCGUCAAAUUUGCGUGCGAGCGGAAGAAAUGCUUAUUAAUACGACAAAGAAGAAUGCGUGUUUUUAACGGCUUUUAGCAUGCAUACGUUAAAUGACACAACUGUUCAUUAUACGAAUGGUUAUUCAACCUCCAGCUAACAGUACAUCAGGAGAUUGUCGCGAGUGCCGGAUCGGAUCAUCCCCGAUCAAUGUUAAAUCGAGUGACGGGUGCUGUUUCCGCACAUUUUAUUUUAUCUCUCGCUAUACAUAUGUUAAUUGACAUAGAUAUUAAUCCAAUUUGUUGAUGUAUUUUGCGCGAUCUAAAACUGAUGUUCUCGAUGAAAACUGAUCAAAAGGGAGAGAAAGAGUUUUAAGCUAGAUUUGAUUUUUUUAAUAACCGUUUUUUUAAAUUUAUAUAUAUAAAUAAUACAGAUAUUACAUUCAUCUGUGCAAAUCGACUCGGCCCCCUCGAUGGACCAAAAGACGAUAACUUCCGGUAUUCUGAGACUAGAUAAAACGUCUCUGCGCUCUUCCGAGCUUGGAGCAGCAUCUUCAGCGGCUAUGCAGGUGGGUCCGUCAUCCCCGUCGCAGUCGCAAUCGUCGGCCAGUCGACAGUCGGUUACCUUUGGUACCGUCGAGUGUCAGCGCGACGAAAAUUACGCGGAGGAAAAUUCGCGGACUGUCGCGGACGCGAGAUCCCGCGACGACAUGCAACGCAUCUCCGUCGCCGCUAUAUCCACUCGAGCGAAUCCCGCGGGUGAGACUUCGCAGAAUCUGGCACAAUCGACGGAAAAGUUGACGGAGAAGUCGACCGUAAUCGACGAGGGAAAUGACAGCGAGGAAGAUUAUUCGGCCUCGGUCUGCGCGAUCAUGCAUCGGCGAAAUUCAGUGCGACGACAAAGCCGGAGAAAGAGACGCCCGUCCUCUCCCUUUGGCGUCGACGUCGACGCGCGUCGUCGAUCCUCGGCUUACACCACGAGCUCCGGAGACACGGUGAUCUCGAUGGAGGAGAGCGGUAACCAGGAGCAGAUCUUUGAAAAUCUCAAGCUGCACAAGGAAGUCUUGGGCGGCGUGAAGCAACAGCCUUGGCCCCUCCGACGUAAGAUCAGGCUCGUACGACAGGCUAAGGCCUACGUUAGACGACACGAAGGCGUCCUUCAGGAAAGACUCGCUCAAAGACGGAGUACCAAAGAUGUCAUAGCUCGCGUUUCGCUCUUCGUGACUCAGAAAUGGCAGUACUUCCGACGCGAGCUCAUCAAUCUGCGAACGUGGCUCGUACCCUGGGAGAUCCGUAUCAUGGAGAUAGAGUCUCAUUUCGGAUCCGCCGUCGCCUCUUACUUCACUUUUCUGCGCUGGCUCUUCUGGAUCAACCUCGUCAUCGCGGGAACCCUUACGGCAUUCGUCGCGAUACCCGAGGUGUUGACCGCGAAUGCGACGCUCGCCGGUGAAAGAAAAAUUAUGCUGAAGGAGGAGAGCGUCAAGUCUAAGCAUCUGCUGACCCUGUGGGAAUUCGAGGGCGCGCUGAAAUAUUCCCCGUUCUUCUACGGAUGGUACACCAAUCAAGAUUCCAACAGCAAUUAUCGACUACCCAUGGCGUACUUCGUCACUAAUCUGGUCGUAUACACGUACAGCUUCGUCGCGAUCCUCCGCAAAAUGGCGGAAAAUUCUCGUCUGAGCAAACUGACCGAGAAGGAGGACGAGUACGUUUUUUCGUGGAAACUCUUCACAGGAUGGGACUUUAUGAUCGGUAAUCCGGAGACCGCGCACAAUCGUACAGCAAGCAUCGUGUUAGGCUUCAAGGAGGUCUUAUUGGAGGAAGCGGAAAAGCAAAAGGAUAACAGAAACUGGAAGAUCAUUUUGAUGAGAAUAUUCGUGAACGUUGCGGUGCUAUCUUUACUCACGUUAUCAGCGUACGCCGUGAUCGAGGUUGUCGGACGAAGCACGACGGAGAUCGAUUCGCAGAACUGGUGGCGACAGAACGAGAUCACGAUCGUCAUGUCAUUGAUCACGAGUCUCUUCCCGAUAUUCUUCGAGAUCCUCGGCUUCCUUGAGAGCUACCAUCCCAGGAAGCAGCUCCGGAUGCAACUGGCGCGGAUAAUGGUCUUGAAUUUGUUAAAUCUCUACUCGCUGAUAUUCGCAUUGUUUCGUAAAGUAAACUCCAUGGAACACGAUCUUUCCGAUCUCAAGCCGAUAAACACGAGUUGCGUGUAUAAAUUGGUGGCGUGCGGUGACGAGCUGACGCAUAUGCAGCAAAUCACGACAUUGGCGUCUUUGGGUCUCGUUUUAAUAAGCAACAUCACUCAUUCCCAUGUCAAGAGAGAAAUUACAGAGCCAACGCCACCAUCCAUUAGACAAGAAACGUUCUUCCUUAAUCCCUUGCUGGAUUUCAACGACACAUACGAUUAUUCGAACUUUGAUUACGACAAUUAUGUGUACGGAACUUCGAAUAGCAGCGAUGAAUCUCAGAUCACAUCUUAUGAAGAACAAAAUAAUCGAAGCAUAGAGGAUGGCGGAACAUAUGGCUACGACACCAGUUCAACUGUAAUCGCCAAUUUUCUCACUGAUUCGACAGUCGAAGAUUUUUAUACAAAUUCUACUUGGUCUCAGGAUGAAACCGCGACGUCGACAAUCAUCGAAACGAGCACGAUGGAAGAUUCAUCAACGAUUACAAAUGAUUAUACCGAAAAAACAAUAAUUACUUCAUCGCCUCCAGACGACGAGGUGUCAUCUGCUGGAAAAUUUUCAUCUGCAAUAGAAGUCACACUUAGAACAGUUACAACGAUUAGCUCGGAAAGAGAACGUACGGAUCCUCUCUGGAGAGAAAAUUAUACGGUAAAAUGCUUCGAGAAAAACUGUACUACUACGUCGCCAAAGAAUUUAGCCAUGUCCUUGGAACAAUUAAAUCCAAAGACCCGCAGAAAGCUGCGUCGCUUAUGUUGGGAAACCAUGUUCGGCCAGGAACUCGCUAAGCUCACCGUCAUGGACUUGAUCCUCACCGUAUUAAGUACUCUCAGUAUGGAUUUUUUCCGCGCCGUUUUCGUGCGUUACAUGAACAAUUGUUGGUGCUGGGAUCUGGAGAAACAAUUUCCGCAAUAUGGCGACUUCAAGAUCGCCGAAAACAUACUUCACCUUGUGUACAAUCAAGGCAUGGUUUGGAUGGGCAUGUUCUUCAGUCCCGGUCUAACGGUGCUGAAUCUUCUCAAACUGGGCAUCCUGAUGUAUCUACGUUCCUGGGCGGUUCUCACGUGCAACGUGCCGCACGAGGUGGUUUUCCGAGCUUCCAGAUCCAACAAUUUCUACUUUGCGCUUUUACUGACCAUGCUGUUUUUGUGCGUGUUGCCAGUCGGUUACGCAAUAGUCUGGGUCGAGCCUUCCUGGCAUUGUGGUCCAUUCUCCGGUUAUUCAAAGAUUUAUAAUUUAGUGACGCAGACCUUGAUAAAUUCGCUUCCGCAAGUGAUUCAACGGUGUCUCGACUACGUCGCAUCACCUGGUAUAAUAAUACCACUGAUUGUCUUGAUGACAUUAAUUAUUUAUUACAUGGCGUCCCUCGCUGGAUCUUUGCGAGAAGCGAAUAACGAUCUAAGGAUGCAACUGAGACACGAGCGGACGGAAGAGCGUCGUAAAUUGUUCAAAAUAGCUGAAAAGAGACAGAAUGUGGCCGACGUCCCGCUAUCGAGAUGGAAAAAGAUUCUUCCGGCGUUGCCGCAGGCCCGAACGGAAUUGUCUCGAAAUUCGGAGAUAACACGAAGGGACGAUAUGCAAGUCGUUAUCGGGAACUCGAGCGAUACGAUGGAAGGUAAGGGACUGACGAACAACGAUACCGAAGAAGAUUCGUCGCGUCGUGAACAGAUAUCGUCCAACUGUAACAACGAGAAACGAACUCGAGGGGAAAAUGAUUCGGGACUAAAUGGUACAUCUUCCAACAGAAGGCCGAUAAACUUGGUCGGACAAUCUUGGGACUCGCAGUCAAGUGAACAGAGUGUUAUACCGGAAAUCCAAUUAAACGAUGAGGAAAGACCUCACGAAUCUGUGGAGUUCAAUAACGAGUCUAAAAAUCGCGAUCGAGAGAAAAACUAGUGAAUUGAAUACAAAUAAAAAAAUGUGAAUAAUCGCGAACUUUUUUUUCACCGUUAUAAUUAACAAAAAUCUAAUUUUCAGA